AUGCAAGACUCCGACCUAAGAAAGAUCAUGAAACGAUACCAGGAGACGACGCCGAAGGAUUUGGUAAUCGUCUGCGGCUCGAUGGAGUAUCACGUCCACAAGUUGAUCAGUGCUCUCUCACCAUUCUUCCAGAAGGCUUGUGAAGGGGAGUUCAAGGUAUUUUUUGGUUCUCGAACAAAGAUUUGUCGACUAAUUCAAUCCACACAGGAGGCUCGUGAAGGCAGGCUUCACCUUCCUGACGAUGACCCGAGGUCUGUCGACGCUAUGGUUCAGUGCGCUGCCACCGGCUCCUAUCAGCUAGCAUCACAUACGGUCGAUGGAGGAACCUUGCUUGAUCAUGUCAAGGUCUGGGCACUGGGACAGAAGUACGAGCUCCGAGGAUUUCGAGACGCUGCACUUGGUGGAUUUCGUGGCGCCUUUGGGAGCUACUGCCGUUCAUAUAAUCUGCGCGACAAAGAGACGGCAUCGGCUGUUGCUGAAGAUUUGAUGGAAGCUGUCGACUACGUCUACACAAACACAGUUGCCGAUCAGAUCUCGUCCACCCGGAGACAGCAUGAUACUGUCUGGACUAAUCAACUGCGGGAGGAGUUGGCUCGCCGACUUGCAAGGAGUCAAAAGGCUGUUGUGCGUGAAGAAGCUAGACGCGCUGCCCAAAAACAUCAUGCCUUCGCUUUUGAACUUCUCAUCGCCCUCGAGGAGAUAGCGGGCGGCCCCCCUGAGGAUCCUACCGUCGAAGGUAGCGACAGCGCGUCCAGUGCCAACUCCACUCCUCAUGAAAGCAUCGAGCAAUUCAGGGAUGAAGCCCAGAGCUGUGCCCAGAUGUAA